CCGAGCGGGUACGAGAAGCAAAUGCGCCAGCAGGGAGGCAACGCCACAAAGGCCGGACAAAAGAAUGCAACCAAGAAAUGCAAAUUAAAUGCAUCUUUGCUUUUGAUAGAAUCGGACGCGUCGUGUUUCGUUGAGUUGUGAUUUCCGCGGGCGCGAAUGAUCUGUGCGGAUUAUAUAAUUUGAUAAAGGUCCACGUACCUUGUUGAAAAUCCUCCCCAGCUGCCACCCAUUGGUUUCCUUGCGUUUCGCAAUGCCGGCCGAUCAAAUUCAAUACUCGGAGAAGUACUUCGACGACAAGUUUGAAUACAGGCAUGUUAUCCUGCCACCCGAUUUGGCCAAACAUGUGCCGAAGGCUCAUCUGAUGACCGAGACGGAGUGGCGCAACCUGGGCGUGCAGCAGAGUCCCGGCUGGGUGCACUACAUGGUCCACGCGCCAGAGCCGCAUGUGAUUCUAUUCCGACGCAAACGCAUUCCGGCUGAGGACGCUCCACAGGUGGCAGCCGCCAAUGCAGCUCAGGCCAUAGCGAAUCUGUGUGGUUAGGCCGGGAAUUUUAUAUCGCCAAGGAUCGCUCUUCCAAGGACGCACUCACCAAUGCUCACGCAUUAUUUUAUAAGUUAGCAUCAGAAAAUCUGAUGUAAAAUUACAAACCAUAGCUUUAGGGAGCAGUUCAGCUGGAAAGUUCAAAGACACGAAACGAGCUGAAGACAUCGUUUCUGUUAAUUUCAUUAAGUUUAUUUACCUAAAAUACAAAUCGAAGCGUACGCCCUGUGUACAGACAGUUUAAAA